AUGAGUGCCGCAGCCUCGUACAAGGUUCUCGUUGCUGGUGCCACUGGAGCCUGUGGCCAAGCUAUCGUUCGUGAGCUGGUGGCAACUCCGCGGUGCGAAGAAGUCAUUGCCCUUUGCCGUCGCGCAAAUGUUCGCCUCCCGUUCGCAGACGCUGGUAAAGUGCGCGUGAUCGUUCUGGAGGACUUUGGGGAACUAACAUUAACGCCUGCGGAACGGCGCUCGAAGGACUGUCCGCUAUGGAGUCUUUCCGGCGUUGGCGCUGCCGUGUGUGCGCUGGGAACCACAAUGAAAGACGCUGGGGGGUCAAAAGAGGUUUUCCAACGGGUCGAUCACGACUAUAUUUGUGGUUUCGUAAGAACAGCUUUAGCUUGCGGAGCUCGGAAAAUUGCACUAAUAUCCGCAUCUGGUGCUUCAGAGCGAUCUCUCUUCUUCUACAUGCGGGUCAAAGGCGAGACGGAGAAACAUGUCCAUGCGCUGUGUGCAGAAUACGGAGCGGCCCUGCAUAUCCUUAGGCCUGGCAUGCUGCUGACGCCGCCUCGAACGAGCGGUGCGAGCAGACCAGCAGAACGCGCUGCCCAGCAGCUUGUGAAAACACUUCGUUUGUCCAUGGGGGGCAUACUCGCAGUCUCCGUCGAGCACGUUGCCAAGACGGUGCGCAUGGCACUGGAAACAGCACCCGAGGAGCUCCUCCAGCGAUUCUCAUCGCUGGAGGAGCAGGCGAGUCAGACGUGGGUUUAUCCAUCGCGAACGAUUUUCCGUAUCGGUGUCGAGGCCGGGUAA